GCGUACCGGUGGCAGCCCCAGCCCCCGGCGCCUGGCGACUCCGGAAGUCCCGCGCAGGGGCCGGUGGGCCUUCGGCCCAGGCGGCUAUGGCAGUGGCUACUGUGGCGGCAUUACUGGCCGCAUUGGGUGGGGCCCUGUGGCUGGCGGCCCGGCGGUUCUUGGGGCCCAGCGUCCAGCGGCUGCACGGAAGCGAGCACUCCAGCUUCAUGCACGGGAAGACCGUGCUGAUAACGGGGGCGAACAGCGGCCUGGGCCGCGCCACGGCCGCAGAGCUGCUGCGCUUGGGGGCGCGAGUGAUCAUGGGCUGCCGGGACCUCGAGCGCGCCGAGGAGGCGGCCGGUCAGCUCCGCCGCGAGCUCCGCCAGGCCGGGGGCCCCGAGCCAGGGCCCAGCUCCGGCGGGGCCGGCGAGCUUGUCGUCAAGCACUUGGACCUCGCCUCGCUGCGCUCGGUGCGCGCCUUCUGUCAGGAGAUGCUCCAGGAAGAGCCUCAACUGGAUGUCUUGAUCAAUAACGCAGGAAUCUUCCAGUGCCCUUACAUGAAGACUGAAGAUGGGUUUGAGAUGCAGUUUGGAGUGAACCAUCUGGGGCACUUUCUACUCACCAAUCUUCUCCUUGGACUCCUGAAAAGUUCAGCUCCCAGCAGGAUUGUGGUAGUCUCCUCCAAACUUUAUAAAUACGGAGACAUCAACUUUGAAGACUUGAACAGUGAACAAAGCUAUAAUAAAAGCUUCUGUUACAGUCGGAGCAAACUGGCUAACAUUCUUUUUACCAGAGAAUUAGCCCGCCGCUUAGAAGGCACGAACGUCACUGUCAAUGUCUUACACCCUGGCAUUGUGCGGACUAACCUUGGGAGACACAUACACAUCCCACUGUUGGUCAAACCACUUUUCAAUUUGGUGUCAUGGGCUUUUUUCAAAACUCCACUAGAAGGUGCGCAGACUUCGAUUUAUUUAGCCUCUUCACCUGAGGUAGAAGGUGUGUCAGGAAAGUACUUUGGAGACUGUAAAGAGGAAGAACUAUUGCCCAAAGCUAUGGAUGAAUCUGUUGCAAGAAAACUCUGGGAUAUCAGUGAAGUAAUGGUUGGCAUAUUAAAAUAGGAACAAGGAGUGGAAGAGAGCUAUUUAUAAAACUGGAUGUCUGCUCUGUCUUUGAUCAGGAGUGGUGUGGCUUGGGCACUUGCUACUUGAAAACACAAUUUUGGUUUUACAGUAGUCCUGCUAAGAGGUACAUGUGGAUAUUUUGAAGUUACUAAAAGGUUACUUUUGAAGAACCUAAAAUUUCAGAAAAGAUAAUUUAAAUAUAUACAUAAUAAGCAUAUGGAUAGUUAUAAUGAGUGAUGCAGUUAUAUUUUAAGAAUUAUAAUUGAAGCAUGGAUUACAAAUACUAAAGAAUUCAGUGAUUUAAAAUAGAUUUAAUAUUAUGUUUGAGUUUAUGGUAUAUUUAAGGUGUUCAGUACUUUAAUCAUAAUGCUGGUUUUUGUGUGGAAAUAAUAUGCCUGGUGUGAAUGUAUAAUUCUUACUUGGAAUAAAUUUACUGAUGCAAAUUC